UUGGGACAAUAGCCAUGGGCGGAGAAGCGUCCAACUUUGGCGCGAGCAUCUCACCGUCGCCGCCACCGAAGCGAGUCCAGUUCGACUUGGAAGAUGAGACCCGACACUUCCAGCCCACACACACCGUGUGCACGCCACGGCUACGCACCAACGGGCUCAAGUACCGGGCGCCCGACGCCCGCGUGGACGUUAGCGAGACUCUGGCACCUCCGAGUAGCGUGGCCAAACCAAACUACGACGACUCCCUUCGCCGGGUGUCGGUCGUGCUGUAUCAACACAUUCGGCGCUGCGAAAAGCGCAUGCGCGAAUCCAAAAGUGGCGGUGGCACGUUGUCUGGCGGCUUCCAUGGUCUGUUUCACUCGAACAGCGCGCCUGCCAGCAGCACGCACGCCGCGGCCGUCGAAGAUGAGCCGUUCCCGUUCGACUCAUCCACGGUGCUCAACGGCCAGACAGUCCUCUCGAACCUGGGCGUGAGUCGCGAAAGCGUGUUUGACGAGGAACACUUUGUCACCCCGCAGUACAAGUACCAGUUUGUGCGGCUGCCGAUGCUCCAUCCACUGACGUACUACAAGAUGGACAAGGUCAGCUGCAAGACGCACAUCCCGUCUGUGGACGAGAUCUUCCGGUUCUGCAAAAACCUGUUCAAUCGUGCGCAGUUGAGUGCUGAAUGCACCAUCGUGUGUCUGAUCUACAUUGAGCGGCUCAUGGAGCGGGCGUCGAUUCCGUUAUUGGGGUCGAGCUGGAAACCCAUUGUGCUGUGUGGGUUGCUGCUGGCGUCCAAGGUCUGGCAGGACCUGAGUUCGUGGAACGUGGAGAUCUCAAACGUAUACCCGCAAUUCCCCCUCCACAGCAUCAACCGCCUCGAGCGCCUCUUUCUCCACUAUAUCCAAUGGGAUUUGUAUAUUUCUGGGUCUGUGUAUGCCAAGUACUACUUUGCGCUACGCAGCCUGACAGAAAAGAAGGACUUUCGCAGGCGAUACAACUACACGAUCAAGAUCGACCCGCCCAAUUCCAAGCGACUCGAGGAGCGCAGCGCCGCCGUCAAGAACGAAUUGUACUCGCGCAGUGUCUAACCAUCGUGGCCGUAUAUAUAUAUAAAUAUAUAAUAAUGCAAUCGAAACAACCAAAAGAG